GUCUUAGCACGUAGAUGUAAAAUCUAGAAAGUUCACAGGCAGGCUUCUUAUAUUAAGCCCGGGGGGGUGGGGAAGAGUGACCCGCCCCUCUUUUCCGCUCAACACUUGAGAGACCAUCUGCUGAACAUACAAAAUACCAACAUAUGGGGAAGAGAUUGAUAAGCGUUCAAACAGAACCAAUCCAAAAAAUCCAUUAAUAUGAAUCAUGUGAAACUUUCGCAAUAUUCAGAAUUCUUUCCAUGCCUGAAAACCCGUAGGCAUAUUUUUUAUCGUGAUUUCAAGCUGACCGUGGACAAAAACGUCUUGUUGAAAACCGCUCAUCCCCUGUGUAACAAAAGCUCACGCUGCCAAAAAGAAAAAAACACGCUAACUUUGCAUUUUUGUUAUCGAAUAGCAGCCGACGUGUUCACCAGCUGCUUCCUGUUUUCCGCACAUGACCACAGUCAAAAACUUCUUCUGACUCCACAUGGAAUGCCACGAUAUCGUCGUUACGCAAUUCCUCGCUAUGCUGUCCGGCCGCACUUUCCCUCUACUCCCACUUCAAUUGCGAUGAUGUGAUUGGUCGAUGUAACGUUAGCAGCUGUAAUUGGGACUGCAGUGCAUCUCAAGUGUGUCAACGGUGUGUGUGACACUUUUGGAACGUGAUCUACCGUGCCACUGAUUUGCUUGGCUGCUGACCAGGUCACUCACAGGACAAAAACUCCAAAUAUAUUCCCGAAACAUCUGUUGCCCGCUCAUGAGUAAUUCAUACCUGUUGAGCCCUGGAUGUCUCCGCAAUUUGACCGCCGCGCCAGAGAAGGGGAGGGGGGGAGGGAGGUGAGUGAACCAACAAGCCGAUUAUUGAAGGCUACUUGAUGAGCUCCCCGCCUGGCAAUUUGCAUCCGUCCAGGCUGGAGACAGAUGAAGCUGCAUGUCAGACAAUAGCCACAUUUUUUUUCCAAGUAGUUAAGAAUGACAGCUCUAUUCUUCUUGUAAGUCGACACUUUCUUUUUCCAACAUGACCAGCCCCUCCAGGAGCCUGGGUGACCAGAAGGGCAUGAAAGAAAGUCCUCGUCACAAACCCGACACACCGUACUACCGUAGCUGGAGCAGUCUGCGGUUCUCCCGAUGGCGGAGCGGCUCCCAGAAGGCCACCUGCCCCGGAACGCCUUCCUCAAAGACGGACAAACACAACGACGUGAGCCAGACUCUUUUCUCGUUGGUCAAAACUCACAACGACGACUACACGGCCGACCCCGCCGGGCUUCUGGACCCCGACGAGGUUGACGACGAUUACGAGGAAGCCGAGCCAGACCGGUCCACGUAUUUCCAGAAGCAGCUCGGAUCCAUGUUGCAGCCCGGCGUCAACAAGUUCUCCCUGCGCAUGUUCGGCAGCCACAAAGGCGUUGCCGCCGAGCAGGCCAGGGUCAAGUCGUUCGGCGUGUGGAUCAUCCAUCCCUACAGUAAUUUCAGGUUCUACUGGGACCUUGUGAUGCUCCUCCUCAUGAUGAGCAACCUGGUGAUCUUACCGUGGGGCAUCACGUUCUUCGAAGACCAGAACACUAUCCCGUGGAUCACCUUCAACAUGCUGUCCGACACUCUCUUCCUCAUGGACCUGGUCUUCAACUUCCGCACGGGCAUCCUGGGCGAGGACAGCCACAUCAUUCUGGACCCUAAGUGCAUCCGCCUGCACUACCUGCGCUCCUGGUUCCUGGUCGACUUCAUCUCGUCCAUUCCGGUGGACUACAUCUUCCUGGUGGUGGACCUGGAGUCUCUGCAGGACUCGACCGACGUGUACCGGACAGCUCGAGCCCUUCGCAUCGUGCGCUUUACCAAGAUCCUCAGCCUGCUGCGACUCCUGCGCUUAUCCCGACUCAUCCGCUAUAUCCACCAAUGGGAGGAGAUGUUCAACAUGACGUACGACCUGGCCAGCGCGGUGGUGCGCAUCGUCAACUUGAUCGGCAUGAUGCUGCUGCUGUGCCACUGGGACGGCUGCCUCACCUUCAUGGUGCCCAUGCUGCAGGACUUCCCCGCAGACUGCUGGGUGUCCAAGAACAACAUGGUGAACGCCACAUGGCACAUCCAGUACUCGUACGCCCUGUUCAUGGCCAUGAGUCACAUGCUGUGCAUCGGUUAUGGCGCCAACCCCCCGGAGGGCAUGACUGAUGUGUGGCUGACCAUGAUCAGCAUGGUGGUGGGCGCCACAUGUUACGCCAUGUUCCUGGGCCAUGCCGCCAACCUGGUGCAGUCUUUGGAUGCCUCGCAUCGCCACUAUCAGGAGAAGUACAAGCAAGUGGAGCAGUACAUGUCGUUCCACAAGCUGCCCGCGGACCUGCGGCAGAGGAUCCACGACUAUUACGAGCAACGUUUCCAAGGCAAGAUGUUUGACGAGGACAGCAUCCUGGGAGAGCUCAGUGAUCCGCUAAAAGAGGAAAUCGUCAGCUACAACUGUCGAGGUCUGGUGGCCAACAUGCCCCUCUUCGCCAAUACCGACCCUCACUUCGUGACCGUGAUCCUCACCAAGCUGCACUUCGAGGUCUUCCAGCCGGCAGACUUCAUCAUAAGGGAGGGAACGCUGGGUCGGAAAAUGUACUUCAUCCAGCACGGCACCGUCGUGGUCAUCCCGCGAGGCAGCAAGGAGAUCAGACUAAGCGACGGGGCCUAUUUUGGGGAGAUCUGUCUGCUGACUCAAGGCCGACGCACAGCUAGCGUGAAGGCCGAAACGUACUGUCGGCUCUACUCGCUGAGUGUGGACACCUUCAACGAAGUGCUGGAGGAGCACCCGCUCAUGAGGCGGGCCUUCGAGAGCGCGGCCGUGGACCGACUGGGUCGGGUCGCCAGGAGGCCCAGCCACCAGCCUCCCCCAAACGAGUGACCAAAGCAACAACCAAAUGUGACUCAUGACUCGUAAUACCAUGCAGUAAAAAUACUUUAUUACAACAGUAGGUAAGUACUAAGUAAUCCAUUUUAUUUAGUUUUAAUCUCCACUUUUGUUGUCAUAUUGUAUUAUUGUUUCCCCCCCGCAAAAGAUUCUUCCCUCCACGUGCAGUUCACCAAUAAAAUACACUAUUUAUGGAAAU